AUGCCUGGACAUUUCAGUCAGAAAAUACUAAACGCUCUCGGUGGAGGCCACUCCAACCGUGAUCCUCCCGAUCAACACCUCCCCGGUCGCGGUCUGGUCCACGAGGACGAGCGCCCGCUGUCUUCGCCGCCGAACGGAGGCACCUAUCCCCGCCUCGCACGACUCUCCGACGGCUCGAUCCUGUCCUCCUUCACUCGAUUCCCGGACGGUCAGCGUGCCCUCUGCGUCGCACGUAGCACGGAUAAUGGACAAAGCUUCGAACUCUUGUCCGAGGUGACCCGAGCCGCAGGAGACGUGGAUAACAUGUUCCUGGUGGAAGCGGCUCCGGGCGUGGUCCUGGCAGCUUUCCGAAACCAUGACAUGGGUCCAAACGGCCCAACCCAUUUUCGCAUCACCGUCUGCAGGUCGAUGGACAGCGGUCGCACAUGGCGAUUUGCCUCUCAGGCCGCUGAAAAGAAACCUCCGUUCGGCAUCUGGGAACCGUUCAUGCGAGUCGGCCGCCAUGGGGAGGUCCAACUCACCUAUUCGCAAGAGUUUGCGCCCGAUAACCAAUGCACCAUGCUCGUCGUCUCACAGGACCAGGGCAGUACUUGGACCCCUCCAGUCUGUCUUCACGGUGACAACGAUCCCCUUCGGGACGGCAUGAACGGUAUCGCAAAAACUAUUGACAACGGGCGCGAGGCCCUGGUCAUGGUAUUUGAAACUACCAGGUACGGACCUUUCAAUAUCGAAGCUCUUAUUUCUUACGAUGAUGGUGCGACCUGGCAAAACCGCCACGAAGUUUUCCGCCCGCGCCGUGGACACAAUGCGGGGUCCCCGCAGAUUUCCUCCUUCGCAGACGGCUCUCUGGUGGUCGCGUUCAUGACGGAUGAGGACUCUUCUCAAGUGGAAUGGGUUAAACACGCUGCGAUCAAGGUCGUCUUUGCCGGGCCACCCCACAACGGGCAGAUCCAGUGGGGUACUCCUUCGGUGGUCUCUCCGGCUUCGAGUUUCUGGCCCGGCGUCAUGGCCCUGGACCACCACACCGCAUUGGUCACUUACGAUCGCGGAGGCCCUCUGGCCAAAACGAUCUCUUGGCAACCCCGGUAG